ACUUGAUAUUUGAAUGUGGCUUGCGUAGAGGAACGUCCGUGGCCAAUAUUCGGAAGUUUUGUAAAGACCACGGGUUAAAAAGACAGCGAGUGACGGACCAACAACUUGAAGCUGCAGUCUCCAAUGCAAUAACACAGGGUGGUCCUACCUAUGGCAGGAAAAUGAUGACUGGGAGUCUUGCAGCUGCAGGUGUCUUCGCAUCAGAGGGUCGUGUUGGAGCUGUUUUGCGCAACAUUCACCCAUGCACCUUACCAUAAGGGAGCAAGGAACCUCAACCCUCUUCCUUACCAUGCAGCCUAUGUGGGUCACAAAAUCCACAUGGACCAAAAUGAGAAGAUUGUCAUGUUUGGCGUGACUCAUGUGCUGGCAAUAGAUGGCUUCUCCAGCAAAAUUGUUGGACAAGCUACUAUGCCUGUAAAGAACAACCUCACCAUCUACAAUGACGUUUACAGGAGUGCAGUAAUGGAAUAUGGGAUGUGGGACCAGGUCAGAGUGGAUCAUGGAAAGGACUUCUACCUCACUCUUUUCAUGCAGGAGAAGUUGGCCAGCCACCGCCACAACACUGAAAGGCCACCAUAUCUCCAAACACCAUCAACAAAGAAUCACAGAAUCGAGAGAAUCUGGCCAGAAAUCAACAACCGGGUUAACUACCCGUUGAAAGCUACAUUGGUCCAACUGGUGGAUCAGGAGGAGCUGGACAUGGAGGACCAGAUGACUCGGUUCUGUGUGUCAUCUUUGACAUGCCAGUUGGCCCAGAUCGGUGUUAACCGAACUGUGCAAGCAUGGAAUGCACACAGGAUUCCUGGGAGGGGGAUACCAAAUUACUUGGCCAGAGAUGGAUGCCCAAAGAAGCUGUCGACAGACCUUUGCCAAAUGCAUCUGUGGCUGCAGACUGGUACGACCAGGAAGUGGGCUCACUGACACGAGUGUCAGACUUUGGCACCAACCCAUUUCCAAGUUUACAGGACCAGGAAGCUGCAGUGAGGGGAUUUGCUCUGCAGUGCCCUGAUACAAGUGGACUGCUGGACAAUGCAGUGAAUAAUCUGCCACAACCAUUCAAAGAUGGACUCAAAGGCCUCAUCGACAUCUCAAGGAGAAGUUGUCAACGCUGAUGUUUUUUUGUGUGUCUAAGUUGUUAUUGUCUGUGCUUUUUAAUUAAUUGGUUCAACUGACGGGAUG